GCGUCGUCCGCCCACCGAAUGCUGAUAAGAGGCCGCGGUUAGAUCCCACGCCGCUGGAUCCCCGCUCUCGGUGUCUCACAUGUGCCACGCGCGAGGAAAAUGAGCAUCCUGCGAAAGAGAUUGACCGAGUUCGACGACGUUCUCGACGCGGACGAGAUAGAGACGGCCAGCCUCAGUAAAAUAUGUUUCCACGGCAUACCUGACGAGCCUGGCGGCCUGAGGCCCCUGUGUUGGAAGCUGCUGUUGAACUACCUGCCACCGACAAAGUCCAGUUGGUUAGAGACUCUGAAGCGCAAAAGGGAGUUGUACAAUACCUUCAUCGAGGAUCUCAUUGUUAAUCCUGGAGAAUCAAAUACCGACGACAAGGAAAGAGUCGACGUAACGUUGCACGAUCAUCCACUCAAUUUAAAUCCAGACAGCAAGUGGCAAACGUACUUUAAAGAUAACGAGGUUCUACUUCAGAUCGAUAAAGAUGUUAGGCGGCUAUGUCCAGACAUAUCAUUUUUCCAACAAGGCACCGAUUAUCCAUGUCAGAAAAUAGUGAACGCUAAUGGUCAGCGUUUGCAUCACAGAGUUCAGCACACGGUUCUGAAAAGCGCGAACGUUGAAAGGAAAGGCUUAGGGGUGACCAAGCAGCAGAUAGCGGUUUCCGUCAGAAAGGCUACGGAAGAUUACGCGCCAUUGGCCGAAGGUGGUGAAGCACACUGGGAAGUUUUGGAAAGAAUACUCUUUAUAUACGCAAAAUUGAAUCCCGGCCAAGGUUACGUGCAGGGAAUGAACGAGAUAGUCGGACCUAUAUAUCAUGCAUUCGCUUGCGACCCGGAUCCUACAUGGAGAAAACACGCCGAGGCAGACACUUUUUUCUGUUUCACUAAUCUGAUGGCCGAAAUACGUGAUUUCUUUAUAAAGACGUUGGAUGAGGCUGAAUUUGGAAUUAAUUCGAUGAUGAGUAAGCUGACCAAUCAAGUACGAGCUAAUGAUCCCGAGGUUUGGCUGCGUCUACAUCAGCAAGAGCUAUGUCCGCAAUAUUACAGCUUUAGAUGGUUGACGCUUCUCCUUUCGCAAGAGUUUCCCUUGCCGGAUGUUAUGAGGAUAUGGGAUUCCUUGUUUGCCGAUGAGAACAGAUUCAAUUUCCUCAUACACAUCUGCUGUGCCAUGAUCCUAUUACUGAGGGACCAGUUACUGGCCGGCGAUUUUGCUACAAACGUUAAACUCUUGCAGAAUUUUCCCUCGAUGGACAUCCAGAUUGUGCUCUCUAAAGCCGCUGCCCUGGCAGGCAAGACUUUAUAAUUUUUUAAAUUAUUAAUUAAGAUUUCUCGACAUGUCGAGUAUCAUUUUCUUCUUCCUCCCGAGUUACGACCACAUGCGUGAUAUAUCGUGAAGCGUAAUUUUAUAUACCAUUCGUCAUUCCCGAGGAAAGAAAUGCAAUAAAAUAUCAAUUAUAAUAUAAUAUCAUGUAGAUGUUCAAGCUGAUAGCCGAUCUUAUAUCAAAUAUUUAACAGUUGUAUAUAUUGAUACACGCUCUCGAUUACUGAGAUCUACAUACAGCAUUUUGCCACGUGUUAAAUUUUUUGAUAUAUUUAAAGUGUAUUUGUGUACAUACAUACAAUGUUGAAAUGUAACGUUUGGCUGAGGAGUAUAUCAAAGUAUAAAUUUAUACAAGAGGUACGAUAAUCAUUUCGUAAACGGCAGGUAAUGAUAAGAUGAGGGUUAAGUCGAAGAGGGAAAUCUGAUUUAAGCUUUCCCCCCGAUUGUCCGAUACAAUAUGAAUUUUGCAAUAAUCGCAUCACAAUAGAUUAGUACCAUCUAUAUGCGCCAUAAUAAUUACACGAUACGUUAAGAGGAGAAAUUACAUUUUGUAAUCUUAUUUUUGUAAUAAAACGCGCCGUUCGAACUAUGUUUAUAAAAUAAAGGGAAACGUUAUCAGUUCCAUCCUA